AUGUCUUCUCAUUUUAUGAAAACAAUUAUUGGAAAUGAAUUUGAUAAAGUUAUAAAAGAGUUAGGCGUUGGUGAUAUUGUCAAAGAAGAAAAGAAAGAUAUUGGCAUUUCUAGUAAAGAUCUGCUUGCUGAUCAAAAGAGACAAGCAGUUAAAGAAAAAGAACGGAAAGAAAGACAAGAUAGAAGGAAAAAAGAACAUGAAGAAGCAAGACAGAAACUUCGUGAUAAAUAUGAUAUCAAGAAUAACAACGAGUUUUUCAUUCCAGCUCACAGUAAAACGAUGAUAACAUUGAAUGAAAAUCAAGCAAGACACGUAUAUCAAGCAUUCAGUGUAGAAAAUCAAGGUCUCAAUUCAGGGAAAACGACGACAAAUGCAUUUCAAACUUUGAAGAAAAAAUGCAGAUGGAAAUAA